AUGGCGAAAGAACUGUGCAAACUAUUCUGGAACUACAGUGAUCACCAUUGUGAAUACUGCGUAAUAGAAGAUACGAGUCAAGCAUCUCUCAAUAAUGACGAAUUCCCUGCAGAAUUCUUUGAUUCAAAGAUGGAAAAGGGAAGGGAGGGACUCAAAAGAGGCAUCUCGAAACAACUUAUCUCGAAAAAACUCUCUGAAUUAUCACAUCUCAAAGAUAUAUCUUUUGUAAUCUGUAUACACCACUUGUAUUCAGAAAUAUUAGAUAGUGAAGAUAGCAAAGCUUUACAAAUAGAGAUUUUAAAAGAUUUUCAAAACAUUGAUUUUAAAUGGAUGUCAGCCAUGCCAGAGUACCUGUCUUUGAUGAAUGACAUUUUCACUGUUGGAACAGAUAAUUCUGCAACAACAGUAGAAUUCGCUAUGACAGAAAUGAUGAGACACCCUAUCGUGUUGGCAAAAGCACAAGAUGAACCGAGGCAAGUUCUUAGAGUAAAUGACAGAAUACGGGAAACUGACUUAGUGGGACUGAGCUAUUUGAAGAUGAUGAUCAAAGAAACUCUAAGGCUCCAUCCGCCUCUUCCUCUGGCACUUCCUAGAAAGGAUGUUGAGAGUUUUAAACCAAAGAGAUUUGCAGACGGGUAUAUUGAAUUCAAAGGGCAAAUUUUGAAUAUCUCUUUUUUGUGGGGAGAAAGAAGGAUAUGCCCAGGCAUAUCAUUCGGUUUAGCCGAUGUUGAGUUUCUUCUUGCUCAACUACUUUACCACUUCGAUUGGAAACUUCCCAAUGAGAUGAAGCUUGAAGAUGUAGACAUGACUGAGAUACUUGGAUGGUUGUUUGGAGGAAAGAGAAGUUGUAUCUGGUUCCUACUCCUCAUUAAGUCUUUAAAUAUUACAAUUGAGGCCCUUCAACUUUCAAACAUGACUCCUUGGGUUUCACACAAUGAAGAAGCAGGGAUCCAUUCACUCAUUUACCCAAUAUUGAUCGUAAAAGCACACAUGGUAUUAAACACGUGUUACGAUAUUUUCUCCCUUUUUUGGAAGGUGACUGAAUCUCAAGACGUUUGA